GCCUGUGCCCUCUAGUUAAGUCCUCUCUCUGCUAAAGCGCCGCUCCAGGCCGGGGUCCGGGCUGAGACGGAAGCACAGCUGCACAACGUUCCCGUAAACCUCGCGGUGCGUAGGCCGCUCUCUCCCUUGCGGGCCGCCUGCCGGAGGCUGCUGGAGGCAGCCGUGGGGGUGCGAAAGUCGAGCGGCGGAGCAGCUCCCUCGAGGGGGGAGGCGCGCUUUGAACCCAAGGCGCCGGCAGACAGAGAAGGGGAGCCAUGGGGAGCCUGAAGGAAGAGCUCCUGAAGCCCAUCUGGCACGCUUUCACCGCCCUCGACUUGGACAAAAGCGGGAAAGUAUCCAAGUCGCAACUUAAGGUCCUUUCUCACAACCUCUGCACAUUGUUGAAUGUUCCUCAUGAUCCAGUGGCCUUAGAGGAACAUUUUAGGGAUGAUGAUGAAGGACCUGUUUCUAAUCAGGGAUAUAUGCCUUAUUUAAAUAGAUUCAUCUUGGAAAAGGUUCAAGACAACUUUGACAAAGUUGAAUUCUAUAAAAUGUGCUGGACUCUGUGUGCCAGAAAAAAUCUCACAAAAAGUACCUUACUCAUUACUGAUGAUGAUGCUUUUAAAGUGUGGGUCAUCUUCAAUUUUCUAUCUGAAGACAAAUAUCCAUUAAUCAUUGUGCCAGAAGAGAUUGAAUAUUUGCUUAAGAAGCUAACAGAAGCAAUGGGAUUAGGUUGGCAUCAAGAACAGUUUGAACAUUACAAGAUCAGUUUGGAUGCCAAUUGGGAAGGUCUUUCUGCUUGGGAACUGAUUGAGCUCAUUGGAAGUGGUCGGUUUAGCAAAGGGAUGGAUGGACCAACAGUGUCAAUGGGCAUUAAUGAAGUCUUCAGUGAACUUAUAUUGGAUGUAUUAAAACAGGGCUAUAUGUGGAAGAAGGGUCACAAAAGGAAAAACUGGACGGAACGUUGGUUUGUUUUAAAACCAAAUGUUAUAUCGUACUAUGUUAGUGAAGAUUUAAAAGACAAAAGAGGAGACAUUGCACUGGAUGGCAACUGUACUGUAGAGGCCUUGCCUGAUAAAGAUGGCAAAAAAUGUCUCUUUCUUAUAAAUAAUUUAGAGAAAUGUUUUGAGAUAAGUGCCUCUGAUAAGAAGAAGAAACAGGAGUGGAUUCAAGCCAUUCAGACCACUGUAAAUCUGCUGAAAUUAAAAAGCCCUUCACCUCAUAAAGAGGCACGCCAGAAACGGAAAGAAUUACGCCAAAAACUGCAGGCGGAACAAGCAGAACUGGAGAGGCAAAUGAAAGAGCUCCAAAUAGCAAAUGAAAAUAAGCAGAAGGAACUGGAAACCGUCCGAAAGCAACUGGAAGAGGCAGCCGCUCGAGCAUCAGAAGAAGAGACAAAACGUCUGCAGACUCAAAUAGAAUUACAAGAUCGAUUCAGUCUUGAACUGGAGAGAGAAAAAAUGGUAAGACAGAAAAUGGAAGAACAGGUUGCUCAGAAAUCAUCUGAGCUUGAGCAGUACUUACUGAGAGUCAAAGAACUUGAGGAAAUGUAUAAUCAGCUACAAGAAGCUUUGGAGGAUGAGAAACAAGCCCGCCAAGAUGAGGAAACUGUCAGGAGACUUCAGGCCAGAUUGCUAGAAGAAGAGACAACCAAGAGAGCAGAGUUGGAAAAGUGGCACUUAGAGCAGCAACAGGCCAUUCAGGUGACUGAGGCAGAAAAGCAAGAGUUGGAAAACCAGAGGAAAAUGAAGGAACGUGCUCUACAGGUCGCCAUGCAACAGUUGGAAGAAUUGGAACUAGAGAGGAAGCAAGCCUUUGAACAAUAUGAGGAGGUAAAGAAGAAAUUGGAAGUAGCAGCAAGCAAAACUAAAAGUUGGAAAGAUAGAGUAGCUCAUCAUGAGGGAUUAAUUCGAUUAAUUGAACCAGGUUCCAAGAAUUCCUAUUUGAUUACUAAUUGGGGACCGGCGGCCUUCACUGAAGCUGAACUUGAGCAAAGAGAGAAGAGUUGGAAAGGAAAAAGGGACACUUCUGAUUAGCAAACGUGGCUGAAAUACAAUUGGGGGCCACACAGAGCAGAAAUCUGAUAAUUAAAUAAAAUACCGUUAUACCAAUUUAUUGCAUAUACUGCACGCUAGCUCAAGAUACUUAAAAAAAUUGAAUACAAAAUACAAGUUCUACUGCAGAACCUGAAUUAUAACAGAAUUUCUGAGACAGCUAAAUAAAAGUUUACAUAAACUGCC